AUGGCUCCCGCCGCCCUGGUAUACGACGACCAGCCCAUCGAGGCCGUCCAGGCUGGCAAGUUUGGGAACAACGAGGCUCCCACCUCCGUCUUCCCCGAUGGCAUCCGUACCUCGGGCCAGCAUCCACCUCUCUACGACCUGUUGAAGCCGUACGAGGAGUUCCCCACGGAGAUCACGGGCCCGACUGUGUGGGAGAAGAAGGACUACCAAGAGCAGCCGGAAAAGUGGACUCACCACUUCAGCGAGGACGAGAUCCAGGAGCUGAGCGAGGCUGCCGAUCGCUUCAUAGCCAACGGCAUCCCCCUGAACGGCAUCGCCAAGGCACGUCUUGGACUCACCCUCUUGUCUGGCGAUGGAUGGCUGACGAGGCAGAGCAACUUCCCCCUCCCUAAGCUGAGCAAGCUUCUCGGUGCCCUUCGCGCAGACCUUCUCGACGGCAAGGGUUUCAUCCUCUUCAAGGGCUUCCCAGCCGACAGAUGGGGUCCCGAAAAGAACGCCGUCGCCUACAUGGGUCUCGGCACCUACCUCGGCUACUUCCUCUCGCAGAACGGCCGCGGCCACGUCCUCGGACACGUCAAGGACGUGGGCGACGACCCCUCGCAGAUCGACAAGGUGCGCAUCUACCGGACCAAGGCGCGGCAGUACUUUCACGCCGACGACGGUGACAUUGUCGGCCUCCUGUGCGUGCACCGCGCCCUCGAGGGCGGUGAGAGCGACAUUGUUAGCUCCCACGCCGUCUGGAACGCCCUCCAGCGGAACCACCCAGACGUGGCCCGGACGCUCACGGAGCCUACAUGGUACUUUGACCGCAAGGGCGAGGUCUCGGACGGCCAAGAUCAGUGGACGCGCCAGCCUGUCGUGUACAUGGAGAACGUGCCCGCUCGCUCCAACCCGCGCGUCUACACAAAGUGGGAUCCGCACUACGUCCGCAGCCUGACACGCUUCUCGGACGUCGGCGCGAUCCCACCGCUCAGCGAGAGGCAGAUUCACGCCCUCGAGACGCUGGAGCAGACGUGUCGCGACCUGGCCCUGCACAUGGCGCUCGAGGUGGGUGACAUUCAGUUUGUGAGCAACGCGCACCUCCUGCACUCGAGGACGGCGUAUACGGACCACCCGCCACCAGCACCGAGGCGGCAUUUGCUCCGCCUGUGGCUUUCGACGCCCGAGACGGAAGGCGGCUGGGCGCUGCCAAUGCCUGACUCCAAGGAGAAGAAGCGUGGUGGCGUGCAGGUGAAUAAUACGCCACCGAGGGCGCCCCUGGAUGCCGAGUAG